AGGUCUUCCUGAAAAAUGGAUGAUGACUACUUUGGAGGAUUUGAGGCUGCAGAAAUUUUUUUUAAAGAUGGAAACAGUGAACCCCAGACAACGUCUCCUGCUAUUCCUUGGGCGGCCUUUUCCACAGUGCCUGAAAUUCUUGUGCCACCGACAGUUUCAGCCGAGCUGCUUCCGAAACAGGCUCCAGAUGAUGUACCAGCAGACAUUCAACUGCCACCCAAUACUUUAAGUGCAGCUGAUCUUAAAGAGAAGCAGUCAGUUGAUCCGCCGUUGACUGAAAAUCCAGAAAGAGCAUCUGCCAGUUAUGAUGAAGCUGAUACAAAAUCAAGGCAAGAUGAUUCUGCAAAGCAUUUUCAACAAACCCUUUCAGCUCUGGAAAGUAAACUUCAAACAGCAGACGAAGAAAAAGCUAGGAUAAAAAAGGAGUUAGAAGAUCUUUUGGAAAAACACAGGACUUUGGAAACCGAUUACCUGAAAGAAAAAGAUGAUAAAUUAAUUUCACAUAAAGAUAUAUACAACAAGCUCCAGGAGAAGCAUAAAGUGGAGUUGGAAGAUUUAAGAAAAGCUGGACACGAGGCCUUGUCUAUUAUUGUGGAAGAAUUCAAGGCCCUGCUGAAGGUCGUGGUGGACGAACGGGAAAAGUCCUUGGAGAAGCAACAUGUCUCUGCGGUGGAGAAACAGGCACAGAAAUGCGAAGAGCUGCUCAAUGCUCAGCAUCAAAGGCUGCUUGAUAUGUUGGAAGAAGAGCGGGAAAUCUUAGAAGACAAAACCAAAGAAUCCUUGUUGCAACAAUCCCAGGAAUACAAGGAAAUGUUGGAAAAAUGCAUGGAGAAUGAAAGGGAACGUAAUAAGGAGGCUUUGGCAGAUGCUGCAAAGCUUGAAAAAGAGGAUUUGCAGGCUGCCAUCCUAGCAGCGGUAAAGGCUGAAAGGGAAAGCAUGGAAAAAACUCACGACCAAGAAAAAGAAUUAUGGCAAGCCGAGAGAGACAAAGAUCGUGAGAAGAUUGCUCAAGCGGUAGAAGAAGCAGUGGAACGGCAAAAACAGAAAUCCGAAGAAAUGGUAAAAGCAGCAAUCCUAGAAGAACAAAAGAAAAGUGAGAAAGCUGUAGAAGAAGCUGUGAAGCAAACGAGGGAAGAACUGAUGGAAUAUAUCAAGGAGCAGAAAAGA